AUGGCGACUCUCCCGAACGGCCUCAUCACUUUCGGCCCGCUGGCCAACUGCACCCUGGAGCUCUGCCCCAUCGAGGCCAGUCUCCUGCGGUAUCAGCCCAACAAACCCUCGACCAUCGUCUUCAUCGCCGUGUUCGGGCUGUCGCUGCUCGUGCACGCGUACCAGGGCGUGCGGACCAAGGCAUGGGGCUUCAUGGCCAGCAUGCUGAGCGGGUGCAUCCUCGAGAUCGUGGGCUACAUCGGGCGUUUAAUCAUCCACAGCAAUCCCUUUGAUUUCCAGGGCUUCUUGAUGCAGAUCAUCUGCAUCACCAUCGCUCCCGUUUUCUUCUGCUCGGCCAUCUAUGUCCUGCUAUCCCAAGUAGCCAACUACGUCGACCCCGCCGUAUCUAGGUUCAAGCCGGCUCUCUUCUACUGGGUCUUCAUCCCCUGCGACAUCGCAGCGGUGGAGAUUGGCGAGAACAUCUCCCUCGCCGGCCUCAUCUUCCAGGUCGUCACCCUCAUCGUCUUCUCCAUCGCCUUUGCCGACUACGUCAUCCGCGCCCGCCGCUCCCCUCCCGCGACCGCCUCGACCGGCCUCUGA